AUGCCUUCACACCACUUUGACGAUGAAUGCCAUCACGGAAUAACAUCAACAUGUAACGGUGUUGGUCAAAGAGGCUCUCGAACAAAAGCCUCUUCAAACUUUUUAGGAAAAAGAAGCCUACAAAAAAAUGAUGAUCUAGAAACUGGUAUGGAAGAAUAUGAUGAAAUGAUGUAUGAUCAAUCAUACGAAGAUCAAUCUUGUUCAUCAUCGGAUGAUGAUACGGAUUUGUAUUCAUCAAAACCUAGUAAGAAAUUAAAGCAAGUUCAUGCAGUUUGUAUAUCGAUUGGAAGUAGUAAUCAAUCAAGUUCUUCUUCAUCAUCCGUAACGUGUUCAUUCCCAUUUUACACUUGUCACAACAACACAGGUUCUAAUAAUUUCAUUUCUAAUACUCCACUUUUUAAUCCUUCAAUAAUAACAUCACCUAUGAAUGCCAUCCAACCAUCAACUUCCUCCAAUUCCCCACCUUUUGUUAAUAUCAGAACAUUAACUGGACAAUCCAUGCGUGUAUAUAAUUUUAAUAAUUUAACUUUACAUCACUUAAAAACUGCAGUGAGAGAUAUGUUGCAAAUACCUUACGAAAAACAACGUUUUGUUUACAAAGGAAAGAUCAUAAAUGAUGAUAAUAUGGAAUGCAAUUUGAGUCAAUUUGGAUUUCAAUCAUCAGACUCAUUGUUCGUAGUUUUGGACUUUUUCCAUAAUAGAAAAGUUAUGGAUUCAACUCCAAGAUAUAACGAUACUGUAAUACUACCAGAUUAUUACUAUCAUGGUGAUAGUCAGAACAUAACGAUAAUACCAAAUCAGGAAAUUGAUGCGAUAGAUGAAUCAGAAGAUUAA